AUGAGAGAUAUAGCUAUUAUCGCUCUUCUUAAAGGAGUCCAACAAACAGCUGCUAAGUUCGGCUAUGAAGAAGAUAUAAUUAAAUCAUGAAUUGCAAACUUAAACGACGAUCCAUUUUUUGCUGCAAUUAGAAAAUUAAUAUGGGAAUGCUUAUGUAAAUCUGACAUAGAAGUGACUUCAAUGACUUUUAAACUUUCCCUUAAUUCCUUGCAGAUUUUUAAAAAGCAUUAUGAGGCAAAUAUUGAUGUAAAUGAUUUAUUGCUGAAAGAAGGCGAAGAAAAUAAAAUCAGCAAGGUGUCUGUUGAAGGAAACAAAAAAGUCGAAGAAAAUAAAAAUGAGGAAUUUUCUGAGACAAAUAUAGUCAAAAAUAAAGAGGAAAAUGUAGAGGAGUUGAUAGAUGAAAAUAUUGAAGGAAAAUUUGAAAAUGAAGAAAAUACUGAUAUGGAUAUAGAAUAUGAAGAGGAGAAAAAAGAAAUCAGCCAAAAUCCUGCAUGAUUUGAAGAGGAUGAAGAAGAAAUUAAUAAUUUAGGUUUAGCUGAAAAAGAUAAGACUGGAAUGGAGAAAAUUGAUAUUGAAAAACUAGGAGAAGCGCUGGAUGAAAUGGAUUCUGACUAUGAAUAA